GAGCUGGUACUGUACGCAGGCAAAACAUAGCUUUGAAUGCCUUCAGACCCCUUGAAAACAAACCAAAAAAAGCAGGAAAAAAAAGAAAAAAAAAAAACCUGCCUACCCCCAGGUGGGGGUAGGCUACCCCCAUCUGAGGGUGGGCAGGUUGCCAAAUGUGACGGACAGAGACAGACAGCAAGAUUCAUACACGACCCCCGUGGAGCCCUUUUUAAUAACAGGUCCAAUGAUCAGCAUGAUUUAGCUCAAUUAUCUCUGCGUGAGACCAUUGAAAACAAAUGCUCGUCUGUGCUCAACACACGACCCGCUCUCGAAAAAGAUGCAUAUGAAGUUAUCUGUGAUACGAAUGACGAAACACAUGUAAUAUUGUUCAGAAUCAAUUUGUGGCAUCCACGGGUUGUUUGGAACUUUUUUUUUGUUAUUGAUGAUGCCAACAUCCACCACUUAAGAUCCAUCACUAUGUUGGAUGAAGAGCAGCAGCCACGAAGCACCGUUUGGAUAGAUGAACAAAAUGAGUUAAUUUGGCAGAAAAUAAACAAAAUCAAACCGAAUGAUGACAUUAAUAAAUUACAGGAUCUCAUCAAUGAGCGUAAAGACAAAACAAAUCAAUAUGGAUGGGCUUUGAUUAUUUGCAGUGAUCAUUUAGAAGUAAUACCAGUGAAAAAGCCAGAUUUUAAUAAGUCAAAUAAAAAUUCAAAAAAAAAGAAUAUACAUGUAGAGCAAUUAUUAAUUGAAGAAAUUUGUGAAUUUAUGAAAAACUCUAAGAAGAAUGUCCUUAAUGUCAUAAUAUAUACAUAUAACAGUCCAUGUUUAAAAAGAGAUGUAAAAGACAAGAUUGACCCUUGUCUUAUUCAACUUAUAAAAUCUGCCUCUGAAUGGUACAGUAAGAAACACGCAGGAACUUAUGUAUUCUGCUCAAAGAGCUGGGGUCCACUCCACCACACAAAUUUAAAAUUUUUAACAUAUUCCAAACUGAUAAAUCCUGACAAUGUUUUUCAUGAAUACCUACAGAAACAAUACAAUAAAAGAUUUAAGAUGGACCAAACGUGUUUCAAAGAUAACACUAAAAAAAUAAAAAAAGUACAUGACAUAGAUAAACUGCACGUAACGCAAUUUAAUGAUGAACUGACAAGAGUUAAGAAUGAACUGACACGUAAGGAACUCACCAUUAAAGAACAUUUGGACUAUUUAGAGGAAGUGGUUAAUAACGAUAAUGAGAAUACAUCAGAAACUGUUAGGAAUAACAUUUAUGACAUGUUUUUAAAUAUGGAGCAGAAAUAUUUUGAGCAGGAAAUUGUUUUCAAUUCUAGACAAGAUAUAACAUCAGAUUUCAACAAUAUAAUUGUUAAAUGUUUACUAGAAGACCUUCCAUCCAUUUUCAAGGACAAAAGUUAUUUUAGGCUUCAUCAUGUCCAGCAGGAUCCGCUGAAAAAAAUAAAUGAUUGAAAACCAAACAAUAAAACAUUAACUAACUUGAA